UUACUUUCUUCGCGCGGGUCGUCUUCAGCGCGCAGAAAAGGCCAAAGGAGCAUCUCCCGGCAGCCUCUCACUUUCGAUGCGCGUGAUCCCCACCUUCUUGGUGACCCAGUCGAGGCUCGCACCGCGCUCAGGGUGACCCCAUUCCGCGAGAGCUCGCUGAGUAAACACGCAGCAUGGACAGGCAUACCCUGCGGAGGGUCAGGCUGUGCCUUUGGACGGUCACAGCGGCCAUCAUGUGUCUCACCGUCGUCUACCUCAACGUGCUGAGCGAGGGCAAGACGAGGGUGGUCAAGCGGAGCCUCUUGGAGCUCGACCCGGCGGAAGGAACCGCCGGUCCUGACGGCAAGGGUGGAGAGGUGCUGUUCUUCAACAUGGUGCCCAAGUCAGGAAGCGAGAUGCUCGUGCUGCUCAUCUCCUGGCUUCAGGGCAGGAACGGAUUCAGACACUACCGUCUGCCUGGAGGCAGGGCUGGAAAUGAUCGCAGGCUUUCUUCGCAACGACAGGAAGAAGUUGCUAACACAAUAAAUGAAAUCCAGAGUGCAUCCACCGUGCCCACCUCGUUUGAUAGGCACAUAUACUUCACGAAUUUCUCCUCGUAUGGCUACCAAAACCCAAUAUACAUAAACCUGAUCCGAGACCCGGUUGACAAAAUGAUUUCCCGUUUUUACUACGCCGACUUGAAGAAGCGGAAGGAGGCUCAGCUGUUUGAGGAGUGCGUCGCCGCGGGGGCGCCAGAAUGCCGGUUCAUCAACGGCCACCUUUAUGACCUCGCCAUCCCGUACUUUUGCGGGCACGAAGCCUACUGCUCUCAGCUUAACAACCGCGACGCUUUGGAACGAGCUAAAUCCAACGUCGAAAAGUAUUUCAAGGUGGUUGGAGUGCUGGAAAACUUGAACGAGACACUGACUGUGCUGGAAAGAAGCCUCCCCCGCUAUUUCCGUGGCGUCCAGGAAUUAUAUUUCAAUGAACUGCAGACAGAGAUGAAGUACAGCAAAAAUAAAAACAACCCCCGGAAGAUGAAAGAAUCGACAAGGAGGAAACUGGAGAGCUCGCUGAAACUCGAAUACGAUUUCUACUAUUUCGUGAAAAAGAGAUUGCUGAACCAACGUCGCUGGAAGAAUUGAUAGGUAGAAAAAGAGAUUAGAUUAUUUCUAACUGUGAUAUUUUAUAAACGCAAUAAAGAAUAAUAGAUGAUGCGUGUUUCCUUGCAUCCUGUUUGUAUCAAUAAAUACAUUUUCUGAUAUAAA